CGUCAGUGUCACGCAAUGCCAACGCGAUUCCCUGUGGCCUUAUUUCUGUCGCUUAAAUAUUUUACGAUAUUAAAUACCACACAAUACCAUUAAUAUGGUAUUCUAAGUCAGCUCUGAUACUAUCAUUGUAAAUAACAACCGUAACCACAGCACCAUGGUACCCUAGUAAAAUAUAAAGUUCAACCGCCAUCCAAUAAUCUUUGAAACAAUGUCCUGAAUGGAUUUAUCUGUUUCGACGCUCUUCAAGUCAUUGUCGUUUCUCUUCUGGGGAAUUCUUUAUCUUUGGUUUGCACUCAAAAGAAAUCCAGACGAAUCGCCAGAAUGGUGUUCGAGGGCGGUGACGCUUCUGCAUGGCAGCGUAGCCGCAGUGGCCGGUACUUAUCAGUGCGGACUGUUUUCCCUAACGAGAUGCAGGCUAAUGGAGAAAACAAUGCACCACCAUUACGCUCUGAUGGUGUGGUCAUGGGGGUACUUCGCGUUCGACCUUCUGUGGUGCCUAAUAUACUGGACAGACAACAAACUGAUGUUGUUCCAUCACUUUAGCGCCUUGAGCGGUAUCAAUACGUAUAUGGGUAAAGAAAACCAUGGAUGCGCCUUUGCUUGUGCUUUAGGGUUCAUGGAAAUCACUAACCCACUAUUGCAAGCACGCUGGUUCCUCCGACACCAUGGGUAUAACGAAACCAUUUUAUUUAAAAUUAUUGAAGUGACGUACUUGAUGUUAUUCCUAACAGUUCGAGGAGUACUUGGCACAUACUUAAUCGUCAAGAUCAUGGGUGCCGAUUUCGUAGAACUGCCUGAAAAACUAUUCUCUCUGGUGUUAUACUUUAUAUCCAUCGCUUUUAUUUAUGAAAUAAUCGGUUACGUCCUUUACAAAUACAAAACAAAACUCGGCGAAUUUGAAGGAUUUCUGGUUGAGAUGGGAAUAAUAUUGGACGAACAUACAUAGAAAGCAACGCGAAUAAAUUGCAAGAAAAAAGGCAAGCAUGUAAAACUGAACUGUUAAAGAUGACUAUGUACAUAUACUUAUAUAUACUUCCGGACACAUAAUUCGAGCCAACACGCAUAUUUAGUAUUAAGUGCCCUAAGCUUAAACAAUGUUUAAUUGAUCAAAACCUAUUACACAAAUUUGAAACUAGUA